GAGUUUUAAUUAGGAAGACGGAGACAGUUUCACAUUAUCAGUUCUAUUAAUUACGUGCUUCAUUAUUGAUACGUAUAAGGAGAUGAAACUACGUAUCUUGCUUUGUAUAAUUAUGUUAUAUAUAAACGUGUAAUCCAUAAUAUCAUGUUGUAUAUAAGAAUUGUUAGCGAGAAGCUCGGUUCACAAUUUCCUCACUAUGAAAGCAUUUCUCAUAUUUUGUCUUAUGUUCCUGACUUUGUGUUGCAAUGUGCAACUAGAUCCAUCCCCCCAGAAAAUUCCUUCUGAAGAUUUCUCUUGCCACACAAUGAAAGAUGCUCUCCAUCGUGAUGGUUUCAACGAGUUCCACUGGGCUACCAUUAAUGCUGAUUAUUUGAGAGACGAAGUUACGUUUGCUAACCGCACAAACUCUACUCUCAGCGUUCAUACUGAAUCCUUCCACAUCGAUCUUUUGCUCUGGGAACCAAGUUCUGUUUUCCAUCCAAACUGUGAAGUGAUCAUAUUCGACGGUCAAGAAGAACAUGUUCAAAAUGUCACAUUUCUUCCGAAAUGUCACGUAUUUGGUAAAACUCUAAAUGGUUAUGGAAUGGCAUCUUUAUCUUUUUGUGAUGGUUUGCGUGGAAUAAUUACUACUAAUGGAACUGAUUACCAAGUAUUACCAUCAGAACCAAACUGUAGACCAGGUCAAUAUCUUCUUGCAACCAGACAAUCCGGAGUCCUUUGGGAGAAUGUUCUGAAACAAGUCCAAAGUAUUGAACAACCCAAGGAGAGACUUAGUAUAGAGAUGGCUCUUGUAUAUGAUGAAUAUAUGUAUAAAUACAUGGAAGAAGUGAUGCAAGCUAAAACAUUCCUCCAAAAACUACAAUACAUUAUUACGACUUGGAAUACCGUUCAAUAUGAAUUCCUGAAAGAAAACGAAUUAAAUUAUUCUGUGAAGUUCUUAUUAGUUAACAUAUUCUUUUGGAAGACAAAUCAGAUUGGAAGUGUGUCGACAUUGAGACAAAGAUUGGCUAAGGCUUGCACGUGGGCAAACCAGAGAAGUCUGUCUGCCGACCAUAUACAUAUUGUGAGCGGAGUCCGGGGUAGUUUUGCACUUGGACUCUCAAUGUCAGCUGCAGCUUGUACACCAGCAAAAUGCUCGCUGUCAAGAUCUUGGGAGUGGUUAUCUCGGAAUACAUUAAGUCAUGAGCUCGCACAUAAUCUUGGUAUCCCGCAUGAUGCAAUGACACACUGUGGUAACAUGACUCAAGAAAGUUCUGGAUUGAUGGGAUCACGUAAGACUGGCUGGAGUCAAUGUUCCUCAAGGCAUUUACGACGCUGGCUGAAAAGUGGCAAAGGCAAAUGCUUAAAGACAGUGAAUGUUUUCAUUCCGGAAAACAAAAACGUUAACUCAACCAAAGAUGUUCUCAAUACGAACGGCUAUGGCCUGCUUCCAGCAAUGUAUGAAAGUUCUGAUGUGUUGUGUCAGCAGAGGUUUGGAGAACGUUUCCAAUACAUCCCCCUCUAUCCUGCACAUGUUUGUGGGAUUCAGUCUUGUGCUAUUUUACUGCCUGGCUCUGAUUAUGGCGUCCUGAAGGUUAACAACCACGGCUUGGAUGGGCUUUAUUGUGGUCAAGGAAAAGUCUGCCGUUUUGACAUGAGAUGUGAAAACCUUACUGAAACUAAUCUCUGGGUUCCUAUAUUAGUUGUAAGUGGAGGGUGGAGUGAGUGGAGUCCUUACACUGAUUGUAGUAGAUCGUGUGGUGCUGGAGUCAGAAUAUCAACACGGAGAUGUGAUAAUCCAAGGCCAGUCAAUACAGAAUGGUGCAAAGGCCAGUCAAUUCGCGGCCAACUCUGCAAUGUGCAGCCCUGUUUCAAUGACAGUAGCAAUUACUUCGAACUGGUGAAACAACGAGCUUCUGAAGUAUGCACCAUGUUACUACAGUAUGGUUACCUUGAUUCCAAGAACUUUAGUUCCAAUGGCAGAACGUUAGCCAGUCCAAACGGAACCUUAAAAUACUUUAAGAUGUAUCCGAACAGAUCUGUGAAAGGAUUUGAUGAUUUGGGCAGAAUAAAUAACGUGUCAUUGGAAGGAUGUGCCAAUGGAUGUCUUUCAACUAAAGAAUGUAAUUCUUUCGAAUAUAAACCGACGAACCGAAAAUGUGAUUUAUCUUCCAUAUCUACGAAGGCACACGACUUAAAUCCAAAUUCUUUAUGGGACUUCUAUGAAAGAGAUGGGAAAGCCUUAAAAUACUUUAAGAUGUAUCCGAACAGAUCUGUGAGAGGAUUCGAUGAUUUGGGCAGAAAAAAUAAUGUGUCUUUGGAACAAUGUGCCAGUGCAUGUCUUGUAACUAAAAAAUGUUAUUCCUUCGAAUAUAAACCAACGAACCGAAAAUGUGAUUUAUCUUCCAUAUCUACGAAGACACACGACUUAAAUUCGAAUGACUUUUGGGACUUCUAUGAAAGACAUGACAAAGACUUCCCUCAAAAUGGUGUUUGUGAAGUAAGCUGUGUUCCACUUCAUGAAAGUGAUAUUCUCACGUCAGUUCAUGUAGCUUUUCUUCCUGAUGGAUCACCGUGUAACACUGACGUGAACACUCAGUGGAGAUGUAUAAGAGGAACUUGUCGAAAAUUCGAGAACCAGACAUUUUCAGGAUAAAGAAAAUAUUUACAAGCUGUACGCCAAGUGAUUCCAGUCACCCUCAUAACUCCUAAAGCUUUCACUGUUGAUAAUUUCCUAUUCAUCAACUGGUGUAGUUUGGAAUUUAUUUUGAAGAAAAUGAAUAACGCAAUGAAAAUAUUGUUGACAAUAUUUUAAUCGAAAUAAAUCUAAUAGAAUUUCAAUAUAUAUAUAAAUUCGAGUAAAUCAAAUCAAAUAACAUUUUGUAAGAAAUUAUUAUUAUUAUUAUUAUUAUUAUGAUUAUUAUUAUUCGUCUUGUUUUUAUUGAUGUACACACAUUGCUCUUCUGAUAUCGUUAUCUGACAAUGAAAUAUUUGGGAUUUCAUAAUUACGAAUGCUCACAUUUACUUUUAUGUAGUCAUCUGAAUGUAAGUAAGAAUAUUCGUGUGCGUGGAUGCAAAAAUACUCGUCUGUAUUGUUGAAAGUUUUAUAUUCUAAAUAUUUUAUCUCACUGAUAUGAAGAAGUAUUAGUCCCUGUCCUUUAUUCAGUUUUUGCUCUAAGUUUCACCACUGGAUCUGUUCUAGUGUAUAAGCUCUAUAACUUUUUUAUUUUCUUUUCCUAAAUAAUCGUAUUUAGCGAGAAUCCAAGACGUAUCGAUUCAUUCUUAAUACGUUCUGGUUGGUCUGAACCUUCUCCCACUAUAUGCACAAGCAACAGUUAAUACUUCAAAAUUUCAAACAUGAUCCCCCACCCACUUUGCCACCCUCCAACCUGGAUAAUUUCUUCUUUAGACAUCAGUUACAUAACAUAUAUGAACAUUAUGUAUAAAAGACAUAUGUCCCUACUAACUUAUGUUGGAUUCCCUAAUUACACAGAUAUAUGUGCUUUGCAAAUAUUCAUGAUAUCACAUGAUUCGCAGAAGAAAAUACAUAUAUACACAAACCUCUGAAUUCACAACCCCAUGGACUUAUAAAUUUACAAACCCAUCGAUCAAAUUUGAAGUCAAAAUCUAUGAAACUCCACAAUAAUGUGCACAUGCUCAAA